AUGGAGCAACUAUCAGAUGAAGAAAUUGAUCAUGGUGCUGAAGAAGAUAGUGAUAAGGAAGAUCAAGACCUGGACAAAAUGUUUGGAGCAUGGCUUGGGGAGCUAGACAAACUAACUCAGAGUUUAGAUUCUGACAAGCCUGCAGAACCAGUAAAAAGGUCUCCUCUUCGCCAGGAAACAAACAUGGCCAAUUUUUCUUACCGAUUCUCCAUAUACAACUUGAAUGAAGCUCUGAAUCAGGGAGAAACGGUGGAUCUGGAUGCCCUGAUGGCUGAUCUUUGCUCUAUAGAGCAGGAGCUAAGCAGUAUUGGUUCAGGAAGUAGUAAGCGUCAAGUCACAGAACUGAAAAGUACUCAGAAAUUACCUGCCAGCCGACAUACCUCCAAACACGGCACAUUGAAAGGAUUAUCUUCUUCAUCUAAUAGGAUACCUAAGCCUUCCCAUGCUAACUACUCCCUGGAUGACAUCACUGCACAAUUAGAACAGGCUUCCUUGAGCAUGGAUGAGGCUGCUCAGCAAUCGGUACUAGAAGAUCCUAAGCCUUUAGGAACUAAUCAGCACAGAAGAACUGCCUCAGCAGGCACAGUGAGCGAUGCUGAAGUCCGCUCUAUUAGUAACUCCUCUCGUUCUAGCAUGACUUCUGCAGCCUCCAGCAUGGAUUCUUUAGAUAUUGACAAAGUAACACGCCCUCAAGAACUAGAUUUGACCUAUCAGGGACAGCCAAUUACUGAGCAUGCUAUUUCUCUGAGAUGUCCCAGCAAGCAGGCCAAGCAUCAUACUGACUUCACAGAAGAGCAGGCUGAGCUGACACCUGAAGAACAGGCAGCAAAAUUGAAAGCUGAGAAGAUCAGAGUUGCUCUAGAGAAAAUUAAAGAGGCUCAAGUGAAAAAGCUGGUGAUUAGAGUCCAUAUGUCUGAUGAUAGUUCUAAAACAAUGAUGGUGGAUGAGAGGCAGUCAGUGAGACAAGUGCUGGAUAACCUUAUGGACAAAUCCCACUGUGGUUACAGCUUAGAUUGGUCACUAGUGGAAACCAUUUCUGAAUUACAAAUGGAGAGAAUCUUCGAAGAUCAUGAAAACUUGGUUGAAAAUCUUCUCAAUUGGACAAGAGAUAGCCAAAACAAGCUUAUAUUUAUGGAGCGCAUAGAAAAAUAUGCACUUUUCAAAAACCCACAGAAUUACCUUCUAGGAAAAAAGGAAACAGCUGAGAUGGCCGAUAGAAACAAAGAAGUGCUAUUAGAGGAAUGUUUUUGUGGAAGUUCUGUAACUGUACCAGAAAUUGAAGGAGUCCUUUGGUUGAAAGAUGAUGGCAAAAAGUCUUGGAAAAAGCGUUACUUUCUCUUGCGAGCAUCUGGCAUCUACUAUGUCCCUAAAGGAAAAGCAAAGGUGUCUCGGGACCUGGUGUGCUUUCUCCAGCUGGAUCAUGUCAAUGUUUAUUAUGGUCAGGACUAUCGGAACAAAUAUAAAGCACCUACAGACUAUUGUCUGGUACUAAAGAACAUGAACAGAAGCAGCAUGGAGAUUCAGGAGCACCCACAGAUUCAGAAGAAAUCUCAGUAUAUCAAAUACCUUUGUUGUGACGACGUGAGGACACUGCAUCAGUGGGUCAAUGGGAUCCGCAUUGCAAAGUAUGGGAAGCAACUCUACAUGAACUAUCAAGAAGCCUGGAAGAGGACAGAGUCAGCCUAUGAUUGGACUUCUUUAUCCAGCUCCAGCAUUAAAUCAGGUUCCAGUUCUUCUAGCAUCCCAGAGUCUCAGUCAAAUCACUCCAAUCAGUCUGACAGUGGAGUUUCUGAUACCCAGCCAGUAGGACACAUCCGUUCCCAGAGCAUCGUGAGCUCCAUCUUCUCUGAAGCCUGGAAACGAGGCACUCAGUUGGAAGAGUCCAGCAAGUCUCAGGCACCACACGGGAAGGCCAGCACAGCUAAGGUCUGCACCCCCGAAGCAGCCAAGACAGGGUCAAGUUAA